CUAUUGAUCAUCAGCACAGAGCAAACCAGCCGGACACUCGGAUAGAGCUUCACCUCAGGAGCGGUCACUCUCUGGCCCUGUAUAUAACACCGACUAGGGAUUUAUGAUCUGAGUGAAGGACUUUACGGAGGUGAGAUGGUUUGGUACUUCUGUGGCUGAGGCUUUUGGAAUAGAGUAAACAGGAUAUAGCAUCACCGCUGAAGGCCGUGUGUUGACGCACUGCAACCUCAGUGCUUCUGCAUCUCACCACAGUGUGAACCGUCCGAAAUGAAGGGCACAAUGACCGAUCCAAACGUCUCCCACCAAUCCGUGAACUUUUAUGAGUUCUAUGAAGUCGAUCUCAACUACACAUACGACUUCAACGUUACCGAAUUUCAUGUGGACGGUAAAACCAUCCCGUGCAAGCCCAUCUCCAUAUCGGACGUCAUCAACAUUACAGUAUGUGUUUUCUACGCUGUAGUUUUCCUACUGGCCAUCCCUGGAAAUCUGAUUGUGGGGUUUGUGAUUGGCUCAAACCGGCAAUCCAUUUCUCCGUCGGAGGUCUACCUUUUCCACCUGAUGGUGGCUGACUUGCUGCUAGCGCUAACACUGCCCUUCUACGCUACUUCUGUGGUGCACGGGUGGCUGUUCGGAAACACCAUGUGCAAACUAGUCAGCUUGGUCAAAGAGGCCAGCUUCUACACUAGCAUACUCUUCCUGGUCUGCAUUAGUAUGGACCGCUACAUGGUCAUUGUCUGGGCUAUGGAGGCCCGGAAAGCCCAGAGAAGGCUGUGCAGUUGGGUCGUAUGUUUGGCAGUUUGGUUUUUGGGCAUCCUGCUAUCCUUACCUGCUCUCUACAACGAAGCUUUCACUCCCAAACAUUCCGAGACAGAGCUUUGUGCUGAACGCUUUAAUACGGAAAGCUCAGACGAAUGGCGGCUAGCCACUCGCAUCAUGCGACACUUGCUUGGCUUCUUCCUGCCGCUGGCCAUCAUGAUCACGUGCUACAGCAUUACUAUAGCCAGGCUGCUGCGCACCAGGGGCUUCCAGCGCCAGAAGGCCAUGAGGAUCAUCGUAGCGGUGGUUGUGGCCUUCCUCCUCUGCUGGACGCCGUUCCACAUGGCCACCAUAGUCGACACGUUAAUGAGGGCCAAACUGCUGGAGAACGACUGCUCUAAGCAUAACAUCGUGGACUUGGCCAUGUUCGCCACGCAGAGCCUGGGCCUGUUGCACUGCUGCGUCAACCCGGUGCUGUACGCCUUCGUGGGAGAGAAGUUCAGGAAAAAGUUCAUGCAGUUGCUCUACAAGAGUGGAAUGCUGGAGAGAAGCUCUGUGUCAAGGUCCACCAGGUCCAGCUCACAGUCUUCAGAGGCCAUGUCCAACUUUCUUUGAGAAUGAAGGAUAACAAAGUCACUGGACUCUUAUAAAUGGGCGUAGAAGCCUUUAACUGAUCUAGAACCAUUUCAUUAUGCGGACGUUCUUCAAAAGGUUCAUCAGACGUUAACAGGUUAAAAGGGUUUUUUUUUUAUUUUAAGGAACCAAACUGGUUCUUCUGUGGCAUCUUUCAAAAGAGAACUUUGCACCGUGAACAGCUAUUAUUAUUAGUAUUGUCAUAACAUGAUUACUUGUGCUUUACUGUUGAACCAAGACGUGUUUUCACUGUAUGCAAGUAUGAGGUGAAACUAAAAGUGCCUCCAGCUUCCUUCAUGUUCAUGUUCAUAUGAAAUGAAAGUAAGAAACAACCACUGAGUGGGAAGUGGACAGCGAACAUAGACUGCCAUGGACAAUUUACAGCAUUUUAAAUUAUUGUGUGUGCCUUUAAAAGUUUGUGUUACAAAAUGUGUUAAAUUAACUCAAUAAAAAGCUCAUUGCUGA